AUGGAGAAAUCCAAAAACUUUCGCAUCGACGCGCUGCUGGCGCACGACGCGGAGCAGCGGACGGACAGCGGCGGCGCGUCCCCCAGGCUCUACUACAGCAGGAGUCCCGACGGCAGUCCAGUGUCGACCCGCGGCUCGGAGACGCCCUCCCCUCAUCCCAACACCACCAACUCCUCUCCAGCCCCGCCGGGAGCCCUGUCCAAGUCCCAUCUGCUCAACCUGUCCCAGUCAGGCUUCAGUGCGCUGCAUCAAGUGGGGCUCAUCGGAAUGCACCCGGGCUCCGUGUAUCCUCUGGCGGCCCUCGGAGGCCACAACCCCGCCUUCAUGUAUCCCGGCUUCACGCAGCUGGUCCAGCCGUACCCGGAGCAGAUGAAGGGGGCCACCAUGGCCGGAGCACUGCCCCUGGAGCCCUGGAUCAGAGCCGGGGUGAUGAUGCCCAGACUGGGAGAGUAUGCUGUACCAGCUCAGGCGGGUUUGUUGGGGAAGUGUCGGAGGCCCAGGACAGCGUUCACCAGUCAGCAGCUGCUGGAACUGGAAAACCAGUUUAAGCUCAACAAGUACCUGUCCCGGCCCAAACGCUUCGAGGUGGCCACUUCUCUCAUGCUGACAGAGACGCAGGUGAAGAUCUGGUUCCAGAACAGACGUAUGAAGUGGAAGAGAAGUCGCAAAGCCAAGGAACAAGUAAGCCCAACCUCCCAGAGCGGCACAGAAAGAACUGGGCUGGACCUGCAGAGCAUCAAGCCUCACGGCGACUCUCACAGGUCGAGCCUGGAGGACGACGAGGAGGUAGAAGGGGAGGACGAGGACGAAAGCGAGGAGAUAGAGGUGCUGAGGGAAGGUUCCUUCGGUGGCGUCAGCUUCUCACGGCGUGCAGGAAGAGGAACAGGGAACUACAGCUCUUACUCGGAGGAGGAGAUAGAGGAGGCAGACCGAGGAGCACGGAUCAUGUUAGCUGAAGCUCAGGGUCCAGAAGCUCUGGUGUCAGGAGCUCCAUGGAAGUCCUCCACCGCUGGAAGGGAUCUCCAAGAUCCAGGGAUCCACCAGAGGCCACGUGGUAGGAAGCACCGACGGCAGGCAUCCAGCCAAAGAAGCUGCUUCUUGGGAUUGGAAACCAGGCCGGAGCUCAUCUGGGAGGACUGGGACCUGGGAGGAGAGUUCACCAAGACUUUAGUGUUAAAGAGCAUUCAUAACAAGCUGCAAAGGCUUCACAUGAGGUCGUACAAACUCACAAACACAGUCUCAAGCCGUGCAGAACCUCCAGCAUCCCAGUCCUUUUCUACGCUGAUACCUCCGAUGAUAGUUCUCAGCCCUGGGACUUCUUUCUCAGUACCAGUCACUUUUAGACCCGUCCAAAGGGGUGAGUGUGAGGACAGCAUUGAGUUUCAGAGUAAAGAGGGCAGCUUCCAAGUUAGCCUCCGUGCCAUCGUUCCCUGCCACGUCCUGGAGGUGCCCGACUCUGUGAUGCUCCCACUCUGUGCUGUUCAACACUCGUCACACUCUGAGUUCCUGCUAAAAAACGUCAGUAAACUCCAGACACGCUUCCAAUGGGAGUGUGCAGCACCGUUCCAGCUGAGCCCAGAGCAAGGCGUGCUGAAACCCGGACAGAAGUGUCACAUCACAGUGGUCUUCCGGCCACUAGAGGCGCUGGUGUACCAGCAGCAGGCUUACUGCUGGUUUGGAGAAAAAGGGGACAAGACUGAAAGCUGCUGCACUGUGCUUCUGCAGGCGUUAGCCAAAUACCCAUGUCUUCAGCUGAAAAACCUCAGUAACAAGAAGGAAGAAGAACACGGCGAUCCAGUGCUGCGGUUUGGUUCUGUGGUCGUUGGCCAGUGUUUGCGGAAACACUUUGACAUCUUCAACCCCUCUCCUGUAUCUGUGUCUUUUUCUCUGUCCCGACUGUCUGGUGGCGAACCCUUGUUUGGAUCAGAGUACAGCUGUGAUGUGACCAGGGGUUCGGUGGAACCCGGUGGAUCACUACGAGCUACAGUCACUUAUUCUCCUGCUGUGGUGAACACUGUCUCUGUUGAGUAUUUGUCUCUGAGAU